UUCAUCAUGGCAGGUGUGGUUCCAAUGCGUGGUAAAACGUCAGGUAGAAAGCAGUGGACCUUACACGAUGGCCCUAGAGGUUCACUACGACGCCUUCGAAGUCAGCUGGCUGAAGAUGGAUGUCCUGAAUCACAAGUUAUACUGGCAAAACAUCUACUUGAAGAAAAGUGUGAACUGGAUGUGGAUAAAGAAGAGAAUUCCAGGCUUGGAGUAUAUUGGCUGAUAAAGGCAUCUGAACAAGGAAAUGUAGAAGCCACAACUAUUUUGAAACACUGUUUAGAAACAGGGCAAGGAAUAACAGAACAUAAUUACAUGGAUGUCAAGACUUGUCUGAGUAUGUCUCAAGAUGAAAAACUGGUGCGGAGAGCUGCUCGGGAAAUGUUUUCCUGUCUCUCUUCGGGGCAGGAUUUCAUCACGACAGAUCAACUUCAACGAAGAAUGCAAAUGGUAGAAAAGAAUGUUGAUAAAGGACGUGAAUCAGCUGAAAUUUUAUUUGAUGAGAAUGAACAGAAACAGGAAGGUGAGAGUGAUAUUUCUGCCAGAAAGGAAGAAGGGAACCAGCAAGUACUGAAUGAAAUAGCUGAGGAAGCUAAUGGAGACUGGAUGGGCAGAGGAGAGUACACUGGAGAGAAGCUUACAGAAGACCAUCUUGUAUCUGCGGCAACCACGUAUGCUCGAGGAGAACUGCCCCUGGUUCAUCAAGUGCUAACUCUGACUGAUCCACGACACCGAGAUAUUGAUGCUAUGAAUUUUCUUCACCGGAUUUUCUUACACCCUCUCAUAACUCUACAAUCUCUUUAUGGAAAGUUUGUGGAAGCCCUUGCUAAGCGAGGUGGACCUGUAAUAUCAUCAUUGUUUCCAACAGCAUUGUCACAUUUUCAGACUUUGGUUUUGCUAUUCAUAUAUUCCAUCUUGGGUACUGAAAGUUUAAUCUUAUUUAUUCCGAUGGCAUUGUAUUAUGCGUCGUUUUGUGUGAUGGUCGUAUCUACAUUUCAGAUGUUAAACCGAAGACGUGAAUUCAGUGAUUUCCGAGUGUGGUCACAGCUUUUUCUUAGCUAUAGUGGCGGAAAUUUGAAUCCAGAAGAAGCAGAAUACCAGUAUUGUAGCAGCAAAUUAAAGCCAUAUGGUCAUUUCUUUCUUGCUUUGUUAAUUAACCUAGUUGUGUAUCCUCAUAUAGCUCCUCAGUGGACACCACAGUCUGAAUUCACAAUACUCGCCUUCUUCUUAACAAUCCUCACUCUUUAUGCUUUUAUGGAUGAUAAACGUGUUCCAGAUUUUCUGGCUUUGUUCUCAUUUGCCGUACAUGUACUUGCCAAGUAUCCGUAUGAGACGGACGCCGUUGUGAGGCAAGGCUGGAGGUUUCUGGAUAUCCGAAUUCCUACAUUUGCCUCAUAUGUUGUUGGCAACGGCAUAGAAUUCUGUCUCAAUUUUCGUGCCGUUUUCUACCUUCUUAUUCCAGCUGUAUUCAUUAAAAUUGCAGCACGAGACAACUGGCGUGGAACGUACAGAACUCUCAUACCGCACUGUGUUACACUCUCAUGGUGGCAAAUGGCUGUGAUAUCCUCUCAAGGUGCAACAUGGUAUGGUCUGGUUCGGAGCACCCUGGCAUUAGUUGGACUUGUCUUAUUCUUGCCCCUGGCUGGCCUUGCAACAAUUUUACUUCCUGUUGCUGCUGUAGGGAAGUAUCUGGCAGAUUCAGCCGUGUUGGUUCGUGUGACUGCUACGGUAACUCUGGCAUCACUGCCUUUAGCGUUGUCAUGGUAUCUCAGCCACUGCAGAGCACAUGGUACAGCAGGAGGAUUCAUCGACAGACUUAUUACAAGGAUCCAGAUCAUGCUUGGUGUAGUGGCUGCACUGUCAAUGCUAUUGCCAGCACUUUCUGACCUCAGCAGACAGACAGAUGCCCUUGUGGACUAUUCAGAAGGUAGUGGAGGAAGGCUCACCUGGGAGCAGUACCAGAAUCAUUGUCACCAACCAGCCUGGGAACAAUCAUCUGUCGCCUUGGUACAGUUACGCUGCUCUCACCUUGUUGGCACACCAGUUGGUUGGGAUGGAUAUGUCACAGAUGUUAGGAUAAGGAGCAUCAGUAACACCUUGGAAACAGUUUUUUCUAGGUUACCAACACCUCUACAGGAGGCUCUAACCUGCUUUUAUGGCAAUAGAUAUGAUCCUGAUUGUGAUACAGAAACUACACCAGAAUCUGCCCUGGCGAGUUGCAAACUACUCAAAGAUUUAAAGCUGAGCCAUUCAAGCUGUCAUCUAGAGGCCUGGAAUAGGUAUAAAUUUGAAGUUGGAGUGAAAAUGAAAUCAGGGAUGUGGGGGAAAACAGCUGAGGUGACACUCAUUGCAGAUGAUUCAUUUCGUAACUUCACCUUGGCACUUCGUCCUGGUGAUCGAGUGUGGUUUGCUGGUUAUCUGACGAGUGGUAGUGGGAAAGACGAUAGUGACAAUUUACUGGGUGGAUUGAAACCACAGGUGGACCUGGAAGAAAUUGGAUGUUUGGGGUGCCACAGGAGUGAACUUCAGAUACAUAAGAAGGGUGGUGGUGCGACAUUAAAAAGUGGAAGUCCUACUUCAUUAGUAGCAUAUGGAUACGCUGGUGUAAAAUCUGUAUUGAACUUUAUAUUCAAUCCUUUAGUGAUAUUCAAAUGAAAAAGAUUUUGUUAUUAUGUAAGUGUGAAAUAUUUUCAUAGAUUGUAUGGUUUGAUGUAACAAGAUAUUAGCUUAUCCUCCACAAACUGACUGAUCUAAUAAUACAUAUGGCUGUAUAUAUUCUGUCAUAAUAACUUAUGUGGCAAUUUCAAUUUCAUAGUAAUCAUAUAUUCCUUGUCUUAACCAUUUCACUGGAACUAUUCUGAUGCACAUAAUAGCAGUGUGACCAGAAAAAGCACACUGUCUUAUUCGGAUGUUCUGCCAUGCAGAAAUGCAAUAUGGCUGAAAUAAUUCUUAGAGAAGUACACGCAUUAUGAUCAGAACACUUCUGCCAAAUAUACAGGAUGUUGUAACUUUUGUCUUAGGAAAUUCCACAUGAAAAGCAAAAGGAACAUAAGAAAUUAGUGGCAUGAAUUGGAGUUUUAUUUUAAAGAUAUAGAGAAAUAUAUAUCUUUAUAUAUGCAUGUCUGAAAUGUUCAAUGAUAUCCACAGCCAGAUGUCAUUUCUCUUGCGAACAAUGAAAGAGUUAGACAGUGCAUGAUAUUUGAGGUUAUUGCCUUCUUGGAUGUAAUUCCAUGCAAUCAGAUAGGUACCACUGUUUCAGAAGAACCUGUCAUACUGAACUAUAUGGAAUCACAUCCCAGAUAAUAGUAAUCUUUAAAUUUUAACGACUGCUAACUUGUAUGACACCACUUAACAGCAUUUCUGUGCUGUUUCAUUUAAGUUAACUGUAUCUGUUGACCCAACCAUUUCAUGUUCUAAUCUGGCCACAUUUUAAUGCACUAAUGAUCCCUACCACAUCUGCAUGUAAGAAACAGACAUCUGAGUGACAAGGAUUAUUGAUUGAUUCUCAGGUUUAAUGAUACCAUUUCAACUGCAGAUGAUAUAUAGCCCUGAAUAGGGUGGGAA